AUGGUGGUCUCCGAGUUAAAGAUAGAGAAGUCAGACUUUGGGGAGAUUGAAGUGGCUGGAAUUUGUGAGAUGGAGAUGAACAAGACUCUGAACAGCGGCCAGACCCCGGCAGCAAACUGGAACCGCCCCGGGGUGCACGUGCUGGGCACGGCCCACUGGGUGCUGGGCGCCCUGGUCAUGUUCACCUGUGUGGGCAGCAUCAUGGGCAACGGCCUGGUGGUCUGGCUGCUGGGCUUCCAUGGGCAGAGGGGUCCCUACAAAGUCUGCAUCCUCCACCUGGCCGUGGCCGACCUCCUCGUCCUCCAGGUGGCUGGCCUGAGCCUGCUGACGGCCAUCAGCACGCAGCGCUGCCUCUCUGUCCUCCUCCCCGUCUGGUACAAGUGUCACCGGCCCCGGCACCUGCCGGGCACGGUGUGCGUCCCGCUCUGGGCGCCGUCCCUCCCGCUGAGCACACUGGCCUCGCUCUGCGGCAGCUUCUGGCACCGGGACAAAUGGCAGUGCUUCACGGUGGACCUGAUCGUCAGCAUCCUCAUCACAGGGACCUUCACGCCUGCGAUGGCCACGGCCAGCCUCACCCUCUGCACGCAGGUGCAGAGGAGCUCCCAGCGGCGCCGGCCCACGCGGCUGUACGUGGCCAUCCUGGCCUCCGUCCUGGUGUUCGUCUGCGUCCUGCCCCUCGGCGUCUCCGGGUUCCUUCUCUACUGGCUGGACCUGCCCCAGCGGAUGAAGACUCUGUUCGGUCGCUUCGCCCGCCUCUCCCUGUCCUCGGGGCGGCCGAGCCUGCGGGAGCCCCUGGGGGCCGUGCUGCGCAGGGCGCUGUGGAAGGAGCCCGAGCUGGAGGAGGGGCAGACGCUCUCCACUGGCACCAACGACGAGGCGGGGGUCUGA